GCGGGGAAAGCGGCCGGCCGGCCGGCCCAGCCACCGGGGAAGACAGGGAGAGGAAGAGUCCAAGCUAAAGGAAAAGGCGGGGAAAGGCUGCGAAGGCCUGAAGGAAGAAGGAGCGGGAAUCGACAGGCAGGGGGUGCUGUGAGCCAUGCCCCAUAGCUCUGACAGCAGUGACUCCAGCAGCUUUAGCCAGUCCUCUGCAUCCAGCAAACAGGAAUCUUCUGAUGAGAUGAGGAAAGUACAAAGAAGAGAAAAGAAUCGCAUUGCAGCUCAGAAGAGUCGGCAGAGACAGACACAGAAAGCAGAUCACCUGCACUUGGAGAGUGAAGACUUGGAGAGACAGAAUGCUGCUUUGAGGCGGGAAAUCAAACACCUGACAGAGGAGCUGAAGCACUUUUCCACAGUGCUGAAUUCCCAUGAGAUUCACUGCUCGAUUCUCCAGACACAACCCCCAGCACCUUCAGAGGUGAUUUUUACCCCACUUGCUUUUCCUCAGAGCCAUAUCAGCUCCCCUUGUUUCCAACACUGAUUAUCAACCACCUGGACUGGAAGAAGCUUGGAUUCCAUACCCAAAAGAGGGAGAUGAGGUCUCUCACUUGGACAGCUCUGGGUAUCCCGUUGUCUCUGCUGACCAGAAUGAGGAGUAAAAAUGUCUUGGAUUUGGCCUUGGGCUGAUAUCAGGACCUAGGAGAGGUGUUUCUGGAAAGGGCUUGUGUUGGUGACUGAGAUCCAGAGAACAAGAUAACCACGUAGUUCUGUUAUUUGCACUGAAGUACUGCAUACCAAAGUGUGUUCCUUUGCAAAAAUAUAUGCUACUGGCUCUACAAAUGGUGACACUCAGGAAGUGGCUGAAAAUAUUUCAUUGUUUUCCAAAAUAAAGUUUCUUUUAAAAAAAAC